AAGAUCAAAUGUUCAAAAAAAUUAAGCAGACAUAAUUCAAAAUUUAAGCAUUUCAACGUCAAAACAUUUUGUUUACAAGAUGGAAAGCACUGAGACAACCGAUUACCCACGAACGUGGGUGACAGAGAAAUACCAAGAGGUUCAGAGUAUGUUGAAGGAACAUGAAGCAAAGAGCACUCCGAAUGAACUUUACGAGAAGAAAUCUAAGGCUAUGGAAAUCUUAAUGGACAUACUGGAAGUGCUUACCAAAGAAACUUUCUCAUCUGCAAUGACUGCAAUAACUCAUCUGAACAUAGGUAUAUUGCAAGCUGAUAUGCAAGAUACACAACUUGCUAAGGAACAUUUCACAAGGUGUAUUAAUCUGUUAGAAGUGAGCAAAUUGACACCUGAAGGUAUUUUACCAGUUAUAAGCGCUAACAAUCAAAUGGGUAUAGUUCUUGCACAGCAAGGUUCACUUAUAGAAGCUAAGGAUUACUUGCAGCAAGCGGAAAGUUUGUACAUUAAGUUUACAGAGGACGUUUGCCUUGAUCCUAUUAAUAUGAUGACUAUCAUAGGCAUCGAAGAAAUAGAGGGAGAUCUGUGUCCCAAGAGUUUACUUGAAAAACUUCACACCUUGACCUUGUAUUACUUAGCGCAAGUGUGCCGUGAGCUGGAUGACAAGUACAACUUUGCCCUGUAUUGUCACAGAACACUGAGCAAGCAGCUAAGUCAGAAUAAGAUAACCCAAAAUUUGGAUUACAUCGAGUGGGCUUUGAAUGCUGCAACAAUAUCUCAAUACUUUGUAGAGCAUGACAAAUUUCCACAAGCGAGACAUCACUUAGCCGCAGCAUCAUGUGUGUUACAGAAAUAUUUACAGAUCUUGGAGACAAAGGACACUAAGGAAAUGAGUGAUAGUUUGAAUGCAGAAUAUGAAAAGUACAAUCACAGAUCAGCGGAUGUCGCUAGAUGCUGGGUGAAGUAUGGUAUUGCUCUUCUAGGCUCAUCCAAGGAAAGAUUAAUGAAGAGAGCUGAACAGGACGAUCAGUCGGAAAAUACGAAACCUACGGAAGUCAUUAGUGAAGUAAAACAGGUUGCGGAAAGCAGUGAAGUAAAUGAGGACACGGAAAACAUGAUAUUUGUAGAUUUGGAAUCAGAAUUGCAACCAAUCGCCAAUGAAGUCACAGAUAAAUUUGUGUUAGACUUCAUCGAUGCCAGACCAGUGUUCUUGAACAUCCGAAAAUGGCUCGACAAGGCGAUGAAGUAUUACACCUUUGAGAAUCACGCAUCGGAUUACGCGUAUAUCGUGCAGGAUCUUUCUCAAGCGUUCAAAUGCCUGGCGUUCUUCGAAGACAACGGGGACAGACAGGCAAAGAUGCACAAACGGCGAAUAGACGCCCUAGAGAAGGUAAUUCAAGGUUUGAGUCCACGUUUCUAUCGUAUCAUUUGCAGGGAGAUAUGGCUUGAGCUGGCAGAUACAUAUUUGGAGAUCUUGGAAAUAAAGAUCGAUCGUCUGCAAGAGUCUAAUGAAAAACCUACCACUCAAAUGGUGGAGAAGAUCGAGCGUUUAGCGGCAAGUAGCAUUAAGCACUAUCAGUCAUAUUUGAAUUCCUUAGAGACGAAUAAAUCCAAUAACGGCGUUGAGUCUUUUUUGGAUGAUCAGCUAAAUCAGGCGUUGUAUUGUUAUUUCCACAUUGGAAGACUGUACAAUAAGAUUAUACCUACCGACGUGCAGAAGAGGAUAGAGAACAUGCAGAAGAGCAUCGACGCUUACAGCUUUAUAAUUAAUUAUUACACUAAUCAUCCUGAAAAGCAAGAAGAACUGAACAAAUAUUCCUUUAUACAGGUGUCUAAGGACUUUGUCAACCUUCUGCCACCUGCGUUAGACAAAUUGAAACAGCAACAGACGAAUCAAUAAUUAUAUUUUAUUUUUUUAAAUUUUAUGCUUUAAGAGUAUUAAGAGUGUAUAAAGGCAUUUUGUUAUAUUUUUUGGUAAAACGCGCAUGUAUUUGAAACGCAUGUUUUUAAAGGCAUUUAUGAUCAGCUGACUUUGCUGUAUAUAUUUAUUAACAUAAUAUUAUAAAGCAAUUAAUAUUUAUGUUUGUAAUACAAUUACUACAUUAAAAACAUACAAUUGCAGUAUAUUAAAAAAAAAUUUCAGAUGCUCCGAAAGAAUUGUUGCUUGUGUAUUCACACAUAAUUGCGAUAUUAGAAAUGAUUAAAUUGAUUAAGUAUUAUAAUAAUAACAAUAAAUAUAGACAUUUGUCUCUUUAUUAAUCUCUUCUUUUCACGUUUAAAAAGUAAAAUGUGCAUUACAAAUAGAAAAAAUGAGGAUUGUUUUAUGAAUAAAUUGUAAUUGUCUAAUG